UGCGCAAACAUGAAACUGUGCAUCGUGACAGUUGUUCGGAAAGUUGAUCGGGCUGAGGCCUGGUAACAGAGCAAACGCACACCCAGCUGUGCUGUGAAUCUCCGCGGAAAGGUAAGUAUGCAACCAAGGGCUGUCCCUGCGUGUCCGGCGUGAAGAGGACGCAGGCCGACGGGAAGCCAGCGCGUGUGGCUGUGCGCGGGUUUGUUGAUCGAUUGAAGAUCAAAAUUGGGGAUAUGGGUUUUUGCUGCAGGCGACGGGCAAAUUCAGAUGCCGGUGAUGGAAUUCCCGCUGAUGCCCGAAGGCCCCACCCAGAUCCCUCCAGGCAGCAGGUCAAAACAGGUACAUUAUUCAAUAGCCAUGGUUUUUGCGUGAGAAUUGGGUUUCGUGCAUCGUGAAACAGAGCAUGUGAGCAGAAAUAAAAGUCCGCGAUGCUGCAAUGCUGUGACGUCACAGGCUAAUGCCCCGCCGCUAUUGGCGGGGUGUCUCCACGUGACUGCGCUGCCGAGGGGCUGGAUCGUGAUCGCGCGCGCUACAGUCGCGAUUGCGCCUUUCACUUGCAACGUACGUAUACCUGACGUCACACUCUGUUUGUGCCUUCCUCUCCCCUCCACCCCCACUACAUAAACUCUCCCGCUGCACCCCUCUCUGUCUUCUUCCACACAACUCAACCACAACACUUCCUCACUACAACAACUUCCAACUCUUUUUCCAACUCCUCCAAACCAACCAACCAUCAACAUGUCUGCUCCCAACGUUGACAAGCCUAACGAGGGCCUCGUCGGCCAGAUCUCCAACUCUGUCACCAACGCCGCCAACUACGUCUCUGAGACCAUCCAGGGCAAGGGCGCCGAGGCUUCCAAGGAGGCCAACAAGGAGCAAGCCAAGGGCAACGCCGGUGACACCACCCUCGGUGGCCGCGCCUCCGGUGCGCUCGGUGCCGCUUCCGACAAGCUCGACCAGCACAAGCACGAGACCUCCUCCAAGGCCAACAAGGAGGGCAUCUAAACGUCUCACCCCUUCAAUCACCUCCAACCACCACUUCAUCGACGGAUAAUACCUCUCGAAUAUAAGCAUGUGGGCCGGGAUUCUUCUCUUGGUUUUCUCUCAGGCAGGGCGGAUGGUUUCUUCAUGAGUUAUGAUAUCACGGCGGAUUAUUGCCAGCACUGGCAAGCCAUUAUACCUGUAAUCAAUACCUACUGAACACGAUUCCCUUCUAUGAAUUGUAUGAAAGACUUGUUCUUCCAACCUCCUGAAGUGAUUUGACUGUGAUGCUUUGCCGCGAAUUACUUUAUGCCGUCCUCCAAGCUGCCAGUUCUGGUCCGGCUUCCC